AUGUCUAAAACCCAGCUGGAAUCCACAAGUUUUCUUGAGGAAGAUUGCAAGCAGCAGAUGGUAAUGGAUGGAGAAAGAGAUAAGGAAAGUGCUGAAUCAAAUGCUUCAAGCCCAAGAGAGGGAAUUGAUAUUGUUCAAGAGAUGUUAAGCGUGAUUGAAUCUGUUUCUAAACUUAGAGAUUACAGAAGAAGUCAUAAGAAGGAAUGUUAUGGCCUUGUUAGACGGAUGAAACUUAUGGUGCCAUUUUUAGAGGAGAUAAAGGAUUUUGAUGGGCCAAUUUCUGAGCAGGGUAUUUCGUCUUUGAGUAAUUUGAAGAAGCCACUUGUUUUGGCCAAGAAGUUGUUAACAACUUGUAAUGAAGGAAGCAAAAUUUAUCUGGUUGUGGAGAAUGAGGCAGUUAUGAUGAAAUUUCAUCUCGUGCUUGAAAAAUUAUGGAAAGCUCUCAAAACCGUGCCUUUCGAUGAAUUUGAGAUCUCUGAUGAGGUGAAAGAACAGGUUGAGCUGAUGCGAGAGCAGCUUAGACGAGCAAAAAGGAGAACGGAUACACAGGAUAUAGAGCUUGCAAUGGAUAUGAUGGUGGUACUACCGAAAAAGGAUGAUCGGAAUGCUGACAGAGCCAUAAUCGAAAGGCUAGCAAAAAAGCUAGAGCUGCAUAGUAUUGAAGACCUGGAGAAUGAAACAAUAGCUAUGAGGAAUCUUGUUAAAGAGAGAGGGAAUCAAGUUACUGAGAGCACCCAGCAGAUGAUUGAUCUUCUUAACAAAUUCAGACAAAUUUUAGGCAUGGAAGUAACCGAUAUGCACGAUACUCCUGUUGUGCCUAAAAUGCUGGAGAAGAGCUCGUCCCUGAUCAUACCACAUGAAUUCCUCUGUCCAAUCACACUGGAAAUAAUGACAGAUCCUGUAAUUGUUGCAAGUGGGCAGACAUAUGAAAGAGAAAGCAUACAGAAGUGGAUUGAUUCCAAUCACCGGACCUGUCCGAAGACUCGGGAAACACUGGCUCAACUGUCAUUGGCACCAAAUUAUGCCCUCAAAAACCUAAUCUUGCAAUGGUGUGAGAAGAACAAUUUUGAACUUCCCAAAAAACAGAUCGUUCCUGCAAGCUCGGACUCCGAUCCCUCUUCCUCUGAACACCUAGAAAAGAUCUCCUAUUUGGUUAAGGAACUGUCUUCUAGUCAGCUAGAAGUGCAGAGAAAGGCUGUGAAGAAAAUUCGUAUGCUCUCCAAAGAGAAUCCUGAGAACAGAAUUUUGAUUGCCAACAGUGAAGGAAUCCCACCAUUGAUUCAACUCCUGUCCUAUCCAGAUUCUAAAAUUCUAGAGCAUGCCGUAACGGCUUUGUUGAAUUUGUCUAUUGAUGAGAAUAACAAGAGACUCAUAACUAAAGAGGGAGCUAUUCCAGCUAUAAUAGAAGUUUUGAAUAGUGGAACUACUGAGGCUAAAGAGAACUCUGCAGCAGCUUUAUUUAGCUUAUCAAUGCUUGAUGAGAACAAAGUGACCAUAGGGUUGUCCGAUGGCAUCCCACCAUUAAUAGAUUUGUUACAGAAUGGGACUGUAAGGGGUAAAAAAGAUGCUGCCACUGCACUCUUUAACUUAUCCCUUAACCAUUCAAAUAAAGGUAGGGCUAUAGAUGCUGGCAUUGUCACACCAUUACUGCAGUUGGUCAAGGACGGGAAUUUGGGCAUGGUUGAUGAAGCACUGUCAAUCUUUCUGCUUCUUGCAUCCCAUCCGGAAGGCCGAAAUGAAAUCGGACGGCUUUCGUUUAUCGAAACCCUUGUAGAAAUCAUGAAAGAAGGCACCCCCAAAAACAAAGAAUGUGCAACAUCAGUUCUUCUUGAGUUGGGAUCAAACAACUCGUCUUUCAUGCUUGCAGCACUUCAAUUUGGUGUAUACGAGCAUUUAGUUGAGAUUUCCAAGAGUGGAACCAAUAGAGCACAGAGGAAGGCAAAUUCUCUCUUACAGCUUAUGAGCAAAGCUGAGCACAUUUGA